UGUCCUUGAAAGCGUGAAGACCACCAAAAACUGUCAGAAAAGAAAAGAAAAGAAACAUGGCGGUGCACAUGAGUCCUGCGUUUCGUCUUCUUCUUACAACAAAAAACGUAUUCCUAAGACGGAACUGUGUGGUUUACAGUGUGGAACAGAUACGUUCCGUUCGGGCACUCAGGAGAAAACCGAUUCGAGUUCUGUUUCCCGAAAAAGAAGCAGAAACGACCAGAAACCAGUCCAAGUCUGUGGUUGAGCGGAAGUCAAAGGAGAGGAGAGCGGAACCUAAGGUUUUAUCUUCAUCCGCUGAAAAAGAAACACGUUCUUGGAGAGAAGAGACCUCUGCCCCCAAGGAAAGAACCCAAGAAAACUCAGUGAAAUAUGCCCUAAGUUCUGGUUCUAACCAUGGGCCUGAAGGACUCUGCUUUGAGAAAGCUUCCCCUGGAGAUAAGAGACUGGCGAGGUUGGUGAGCGUCGCUCGUUCCAGGACAUUCCGAGAACAGCAGGGUAAGAUCCUGUUGGAGGGUCAACGCUUGAUCUGCGACGCACUGGACGCCGGUGCAAACCCACAGAUGGUUUUCUUCAGUAUGGUAGAUCGGCUGAGAGAACUGCCCCUGGACAAGCUGAAGAGAGCAACACUGGUCAAAGUGAAGUUUGAGGAAAUCAAGAUCUGGUCUGAUGUUGUCGCUCCACAAGGAGUGAUAGCCAUAUUUUCCCGUCCACAACCCUCCAGGUUAAAGUUCUCUGGUGCUCCUCACUCGGUGCCACUGACACUCAUAUGUGACAACAUCAGGGACCCAGGGAACCUGGGUACCAUGCUGAGAUGUGCUGCUGCAGCUGGAUGCCACCGUGUCCUGCUCACCAAAGGUUGUGUCGAUGCCUGGGAGCCUAAAGUUCUCCGUGCAGCCAUGGGAGCUCAUUUCCGACUUCCUGUCUACACAAAUGUGGACUGGCAGAACAUUAGAGAACAUCUCCCUGAACAUGUGACUGUGCACGUGGCCGACAACAGCUGCAGCAGAGACACACCCCCUGAAACUGACAUUAACACGUCGCACAAAUCAGCUAAAGCAGGAGACUACGGCUGGGUGAGCACCAGGCGGAGUUACAGAAACGAUGACCAAUCAGCGUCUGACUCAGAGUCAGAGUCAGAAGAUGAAGUGCAGGGACUCUCCUUGCCCAGGGUGGCACCAAAACUCUACUACGAGAACUGGGCCCAGAAACCCACAGCACUGGUGGUGGGGGGUGAGACUCACGGCCUCAGUCUGGAGUCGGUGGAGUUGGCUGAGCAGACGGAUGGGCGACGGCUCUAUAUCCCUGUGGCGCCUGACGUGGACAGCUUGAACUCAGCCAUGGCUGCCAGCAUCCUCCUGUUUGAAGGCAGGAAACAGCUGCUCAGUGACACUCAAACAUCUGUGAAGAAACGGACGAGCAGAGCUGGGGUCCAGUCUUCAUGAGGUUCUUCUCAGUGUGAGUGAAACUCCUGUUGUCCAUUUCUCUGUAAAACAUCUGUCUUCAGUAGAUCAUAAAAGUCCUGGUCAAACUUCAUGCUGGUGUGUCUUUUGUUGCUGUAAGUAAAAAGCACCAAAUGCAUGGGCACAUGGGCAGACCCACAGCUGAUUGAUCUGUCAACAUAAAUAAUACUGUGGGUUCUCUGAAGACUCUCUUCUAGUUUCUUCUGACUAGAACGUCUGUGAACGACAGCAGACAAAGUAGAACAGUGGAAUAUGAAGAACUGAGGCUGUGUCACCAAACAUUUCUGCUGUGGUAUCAAAUUAAAUGUCUGUUUUUUAUGUUUAUGUUUACAAAAUAAAUACUUAUACAUAGAACUCA